AAAAGAGAUUGAAAAAUGGAUCGUAGAUCAUCGAUAGAGAGUGAAGGAAGUGUUCAUUUAGAGAUAAAUGGGAUGUUAAGUUUAACAGAAAGUGGUGUUCCAACUAUCUUUGAACCUCAUAGUACAAUUGAGACAAAGAAUAGCAGUACAUCAAAUUCUGUUUCUCCGAAAAGGGGAGUGGUUCGUGCACCGGAGAAAAAGAUUACUCUUUUUGCUCUAAGGCUAGCAGUGUUGGAAAAGGCAGCAACUGGACUAGGGACACUUGGUUUCAUAUGGGCAACAGUUGUGCUUCUUGGUGGCUUUGCGAUCACUUUAGACACAACAGACUUUUGGGUCAUAACAACUAUUCUGUUGAUUGAAGGAACAAGAAUCUUUAGUAGGAGUCAUGAGCUUGAGUGGCAGCAUCAGGUAACAUGGUCUAUUGCUGAUGUGGGGAUCAGCAGCUUUCGCGCGAUUAAAUCAAGUACAAGGAGCAUUGUCAAGGCUGCAAAAGCAGUUUUCAAGCCUUUUUCUGAUGUUACAAAGGCAAGCAGUAGGGAAAUUGGAAGGAAUUCACAACAGACAGCUCGUGGGAAAUGGGAUAAGCAGAGGGUGCCAACACGAAUGUGGACUAGUUCAGAGGUUCCUCUGCUUCCAUAUGCGCGAUGGAUGUUCAUAGCAAGAAAUGUUAGUAAGAUGUUGUACUGGCUCCAAAUAUUAUCUGCAACAGCAUGUUUGGUGCUUUCGUUGAUGAAGCUUGUUUUGAGGAACUUUGGUGAAGUGGCCAAAGGAGAUACCGACAAGAAGAACAGGAAAAGUGCUCUACUUAUAUUCUAUUCCCUCGCGUUCACGGAGGCAUUGCUUUUUCUCUUGGAAAAAGCAUAUUGGGAAUGGAAGAUCAACUUUUGUAGACUGUUGGAGGAGGUGAACAAAGAAUGUGAAUUGGGGCCAUCAGGUAUGACUUGUGUUAGGAGGUUCUUUUAUGAUGCUUAUUCAAGAUGUGUUAAUGGGAGCAUAUUUGAUGGUCUUAAGAUGGACAUGGUUUCAUUUGCUAUGGAACUCCUAGCCUCUAGCUCACCAGAUGAACAGCUUAUUGGUGCUCAAAUCCUAAGAAAAUUUGCUACGAGUCCACGAUAUUGUUAUGACACCCUUCAGAAGAUUGGAACAGACAUAAUAGUAAUGGAGAGGUUGGUUGAGAUGUUGAAUUGGAAAGACAUCCAAGAAGAAGAGUUGAGGCUAUCAGCAGCAGAGAUCAUAUCGAAGAUUACUGGUAAAAAGCAAAAUUCUCUUCGUGUUGCGGGGAUACCUGGUGCUAUGGAGUCCAUAUCUUCACUUCUUCAAAUCAGCAGGAUGCCAACUGGAGCCAGUGAUGAAAUCUGUGAAAAGAGGAUCAUCUUUGACAAUGAGAACUAUGGAUUUUGGACAUUCAAUCAUUUGGGGCUGCUCAUUCUGAAGAAACUUGCUCGCGACCACGACAACUGUGGGAAGAUUGGCAAUACUAGAGGUCUUCUGCCCAAAAUCAUAGAGUUCACACAAGCAGGAGAGAGAUUACUAAGAGAGGAAUCAUCCACACCAACACAAAUAUUAACGCUAAAACGGUCUCUCCAGGUCGUGAAGAUGCUUGUAAGCACAGCAGGCGCCACAGGUAAGGAGCUAAGAAAAGAAAUUUCAGAAAUAGUCUUCACCAUUAGCAAUAUCAGAGACAUAUUAAGAUACGGAGAGGGACACCCUACUUUACAACAAUUGGGAAUAGAGAUCUUGAAAAGUUUGGGAUUGGAGGAAGAUGCAACAGAGAGAAUUGGAGGCACCGGUGGAAUCCUUAAGGAAUUGUGCAAUAUCUUCCUCAAGGAGGCCAUGUCAAAUCAUCAUGGUCAUGUAAGAACUGCAGCAGGAGAAGCCUUAGCUAUGCUGGCACUUGAAAGCAAGAACAACUGCCAUAGGAUAUUGAAACUGAAGGUGACUGGCAAGCUUGUCCAAGCAUUGGAAGUUCCAUUGCUUCGAAUAAAUGCAGCAAGAAUCCUGAGAAACUUGUGUGUCUACAGUGGAGAAGGCUACUUUGAAGAAUUGAGGGAACUUGCUUCUGCAGGACCAACUGUACUCAAAGCAAUCAUGACAGAGGAACACAAGUUACAAGAAGUAAUGAUGGGACUAGGCGCGCAUAUAUUCAAGUUUAUAACACCAGAGGAAUCAAUCAUCAUGUUCCAAAGCGCGAAAAUUCAAGAAUCUGAAUUGGCUGCAAAACUUGUUGAGAUUCUUAGGAAGCAUCAACAUCCAUCAAUAAAAGUUCCAAGAAUUAGGAGGUUUGUCAUGGAGUUGUCAAUCUGGAUGAUGAGGGAUAAAAGAACAAACAUUCAAGUGUUGGGAAAUCUGGGAAUGGAGACAGAGCUCGAGUACAUCAUAGAAACAACAUCAGAGCUAGAGAGCUUUAAUGUUUUCUCAGGAACAGUUGGAAUGAAUCGACACAGCGUGACAAUCCACUCACUGGUUGAUACUGCAAUGAAGUUGUUGGCUGGUGAAAAUGAAUGAUAGAAGCCUCAACAGUUGUUGCAUCAACAAUGUAUAUCAAUGGAAGGCAAUA